CCAAGCUCUCUUGCUUUCCGAGCCCCACUCACUUGCAUGACAACGUCACUCAGUACGAGCAUCUGCACCGUUAGACUGCAACAUCGCGGCAGCAUCUCAGCACAGCACGCAUCCUGAACGCGGCAAAACCAUGUCCUACGUCUUACCAGAAGAAGCAGGUGAAUAUGCGAUUGUCGGGACGCAUGCUGGCUUGCCUAUUUGCUUGACACAGCUCAAAUCAUAAAUACCCCGACGCGAUCCCGUUCACAGAGCCUCCGAUCCAUGUACCUGGCGCUCUGAGCGAACUUUCUUUUCAUCCACCGGGUUUUCUCCAGCCACUUCACGUCUACAUAUCAAUUGUCCACUUCACCGCAAGAAACGCCUCUUGUCGCGUUACCACAGGAAGAGUUCGACACAGCAUCCGCGGCGUCAGUGCGACGCCUUCCUGAUACAAUGUUGGGCAAAUCACUUUUGUCCAAACUGGGUCUGUUGGCCGCUACAGCCUCUGUUGCAACGGCAUCGUUGGGAAAGGAAUUCCACGCACACUCGAAAUGGCAGAACGUUAAGCGACAAUAUUUUCCUGCCAACGCUACCGACGUGAAAUCGUUCACAACGCCCACGAACGUCACAAUCCGAUACAAAGAGCCAGGAAAGGAAGGAGUGUGUGAGACUACACCUGGUGUCAACUCGUAUUCCGGGUACAUCGAUAUUGCACCAAACGUACAUGUCUUCUUCUGGUUUUUCGAAUCGAGAAGGGACCCAGCGAAUGAUGACUUAACCCUGUGGCUCAAUGGAGGACCUGGUAGUGACUCGCUGAUUGGCCUCUUUGAGGAACUUGGACCGUGCCGAAUCACUGAGAAUCUAACUUCGGUACUCAAUCCGUACAGCUGGAAUGAGGUAUCGAACAUGCUCUUCCUCAGUCAGCCGGUCGGAGUCAGUUUCUCGAACCAAGGCGAAGAACAAGGCACGUACGCCAACUACACUGGCACUUUCCUGAACAGCACAGAACUGGGGGGCGUAUACAACUCCACGGGCACCUGGCCUAUCCUCGACCCGAUCAGAGAGGGCGAAAUCGAUACCACCGAUCUUGCUGCUAUUGGUGCUUGGCAUGUCUUCCAAGGCUUCCUGAGCGCUUUGCCUUCUUUCGCCAAUGUUACAGCUGAUCAGCCAAAGAACUUCAAUCUCUGGACAGAGUCGUAUGGAGGACAUUACGGACCAUCUUUCUUCCGGUACUUUUCCGAGCAGAAUGACAAGAUUGCCAAUGGCACUUUGCCGGGAUACCACUUGAACUUCAGGAGUCUGGGACUCAUCAACGCCAUCAUUUCGGAGAAGAUCCAAAUCGAUUACUAUCCUGAGUUUGCUGUAAACAACACGUACGGCAUCCAAGUCUACAACGACACAGUAUACAACUACGCCAAGUUUGCGACGAACAUGGUAAACGGCUGCAAGGCGCAAAUCGAUGGAUGUAUAGCAUCCGCACAGGGCAUCCCCGGUGGUCUCGUUAACGGCAAGAUUACCUAUGCUGCCACCUCGCAGCCUGCAGUUGCUGCCAUCUGCGCAGAGGCAGGCAACAUGUGCAGAGACAAUGUGGAAAGCCUGUACUAUGCUUACGGCGACAGAGGCACUUAUGAUAUCCGUCACCCUAGUGCUGAUCCCACGCCCGAGUCAUACUUCGGAGACUACCUGAACCAGGCCAAGAUCCAAAACGCUAUUGGUGUUAGCCUGAACUACACAACUAGCAACACUGACAUCUACUUUCAAUUUCAAUCCACAGGCGAUUACAUCUACCCGAACUUCCUCGAAGACUUGGAAGAGAUCUUGAACAGCGGCGUCCGCGUCGCGCUCAUGUAUGGCGAUGCUGACUACAUCUGCAACUGGUUCGGUGGCGAAGCUGUGAGCAAAGAGGUCAACUACACCUAUACCAAAGAGUUCAAUGCCGCAGGCUAUGAGCCGUUUGUUUGGGGACCUGGCAAGGUCCAAGCAGGCGAGACUCGCGAAUACGGCAACUUCAGCUUCACGCGCAUCUACGAGGCCGGCCAUGAGAUCCCGUAUUACCAGCCAGGACCAUCUCUCGCCAUGUUCGAGCGUGUCAUUAGCGGUCUCGCCAUGUCAGACGGCGCGGAGCCUGUGACUGCGAAUUUGACGACCACGGGCAAUGCGAACACAACGCACACUGCAAACCCGGCUGAUUACUCAUUGCCUCCAACUGCGUCUGCGGACUUGGCCGCGUACAGCUCCAGCCUGAUCGCUAGUUAUGCAUCGUUGGAUAAUGCCCCGCCGCCAACGGCUGUGGCAAAGAUGCUUCAGGUCUGAAGUGUGAAAUGAGACGAGAGGUGGGAACAUACAAAGCUUGGAAAGUAAUGAGUGUGUAUCAUGAUAUACGACUGAUGAACAAAUUGCACAGAAAAGCCAGA